AUGUCCAACAUAAUACUUGCUCUUGUGUUUGGUUGCCUUAUACGGUGGUCUUUUACACAGACAUCGUUUCCAUGGUACUCGGAGGAUAGCCUUAUAGAAAAUCGUCCCCAUGUUCAGAAAUAUUCUUACAAAACGAAGACAACUUACAAGGAAAGAUGUGGCUUUUGGAAUUUUUGGGGAAGAUGUACAAAAUAUAGAGAAGUGACCAAGUAUAAACUCAGGUGUGAAAAUGGGUAUUCUUCUUCCUUUGAGGAUAGAGAAAGCUGCUCCAACGCUAUCUGCAGCGGAUCGAUCACCAAAUAUCGUGCAUGUUAUGCUGUAAGAAGCAUCAUUAAUAAAGAUCUGAGGACACAGUAUGUUGUAAGUCAUGGGCGAUGUAUAAGCCCAGGUGUCUGUGAUUGUUUACGACCAUCACCUGAACCAAAUUACUUCUAUGCUCUUGGUUCACAUUGCAUAGCUUGUCCGAAUAUUGACCACUGUCACGAAAACCACUGCACAACUUUAGGGAACAAUAGAUGUGUACGGUGUGAAGGCGAGGUUAAGCCUGAACGAUAUUGGGCAGCGUACACAAGAAAACCAAGUGGUGAUAAACUCUGUCAGAAGGCAUGUUCCUGGAGAACAGAUAGCACACGAUGUUAUCCUGGGGAAUGUUUGAAUGAACUGGCAUCACAAUGCAACUGUUUCAAAGGAUUUACGGGUCAUCAUUGUGAAAUAAUGAAAGAAUACGCUCAAAUUACGGACAGUAUAUGCUCUCUCAAAAUCGGAAAGUCUGAAGUAUUAAACAAUCCAGAUGAUCCGAACAACGUCAAUUCCACAGAAAUCAUUUGGACAAAAGAAACUGGUUGGGAAGAAGCAGAAACAAAAUGGAAUUUAUUCUAUAAAACAACUGCUCCAAAAAAUAUCGGCUACGUUCAUGCCUUCCGAGUAGGCAUUGUACACGCAAAGACGACUUUGAGAUACUUCUCAGGAAAUGAUGGAAGAGUGACUGAAUUUUCAAUGAAUUGCCCAGGACCAUCCCACCAGGAACCUUUCAUUGAGACAUUAAAAUGUGAUCCAAAGUUUCAACUAGCUGGAAGACUUUCCUUUAAACACAAUGAUACGUUAAUAUAUGCUACUGAGGCUUCUAUCGGAGGGUAUGUGGUCAUUAUCGACAGAGAACACUACGACAGGAAAGAUAAAUACACCUAUCGUGGCACGACAAAGACUCACUUCUACAAGUACCGCUGGGAUACUAUCAAACCAUACCACUGUAUUGCAAUGAAAACUAAAUUAAAUUGUCCACAGUUUCUUACCGUUCCUGAUCUCACGGAAAAGAGUACAAUUACAAUGACUUGGGAUGGAUGGAAUGAUGAUCUAUCUGGGUUAUGGAAGUACGAAUAUGAAGUGUAUGAAAUGAGUAUCGUGGGAACGACUUUACACGAAAAAAAAUUGAUCACCACUGGAACACUUUAUCUAAACAUGAGCUUUGCUGAGGUGACAUUUAAGGAACCAGGAAUGUAUGCAAUACACUUUACCGCAAUUGAUAAGGCGACUAAUCACAAAACAUCUCGCAAACUGGUAUUGUAUGACAACAUAUCCAAUGUGUCUUUCAUACCUUCAAAAGUUACCAGAAUUGAAACAGCAUCCGCUGCUACAAAUUACGUCUGGGUAAGCAAACCCACCAACACUAUAUUGGCAAAAUGGACUGAGCGAUUCAGAAACGAAAGGCAUGAGCACAACAGAUGGCUUGGAACUGUUUCCUCCUAUCCAAACAUUGAAAACGCAUAUGACGAUCACCACGGAAGACGAACUAUCGACGAGAUUCAAAAUGUUUAUGGCUGUGUGGACUUUUUGGUAUCGUACACCGUAAACGAUGGCAGCGUUGUAAAGGAUUUCAAAAACUUUACAUCAGUACGUAAUCUUAAAGAUGAAUCUGAAUAUUUAAGCCUACGCUGGUCUGACGGUGACAGAGCUGAUAUAACUGUUCGUGCCGUGGACAUUUUUAAUAAAACACUGGACGAAACGGUCACUGUUUAUCGAGAUGCUACCCCUCCAGAAAUCGAGAAUUUAUGGUUAACACGAGGAGAUAGAUUAAAUAUUAGCGUUCACAGCCUAGAGGAUUUUUCAAAAAUGACGAUUGAGUGGCUUGCAUUUGAUUUGCACAGUGGUUUGAAAAGUAUUUAUUGGAAGUUGCAUGACAAUUAUACAGGAAAGGACAUCAUUCAUGGUCAUGAGGACUUACCUUCACAAGGUGGAGCAAAGAACUUGACAGAAUGUCAGAGAAAAUACAGUUCAUAUAGCAGAGGGCCGAAUUGUUAUGAGACAAACCACUGGGGUGCCUACCAUCAACAUUUCCAAGUCCACCCACGCAUUAAAUUACACGGAGGAUUGAUACAAGGAAAAGACCACGGAUUGCACGAUUCGGACUAUUUUCUAGAAAUUCGGGCUACGAACAACGCUUUACUGACAACGACCUUGACAAAGAAGAUCACUAUAGAUACUUCACCUCCACACACUGGUAUAGCACAAGAUGGCGUAAGAGGUACGCCUGAAGUAGAUUUUCAACAAAGUACCACCCUACAAGCUCACUGGGAUGGAUUCUUUGACAGAGAAAGUGGCGUUCUAUUUUACAAGUAUGGCUUUCAUACUGCCCCCUUGGGAUCUGAUGACUUUCUGCUGGAUUCUGGAAAUUUAUUACUGAAUGAGACGUACUCUACAGAUGCAUCUCACAAAGUAUUAUCGGAAGGAACAUAUUACGUAUGUGUGGUAGCCUACAACAGAGCCCUAGAACCAUCUAGGCCAGUUUGCUCGGACGGGGUAACUGUUACAUCGACAGUCCCUAAAGUAACGGAAUUAGCAAUAUCUGGAGCAUACGUUAAAGGGGGAUUGAUAACGGACAACAAGAAAUCCACAUUUUGGAUUUUGGAACAGAACCGAUAUCGAAAAUUAGUCAAGAAUCCUACAUCGGAUUGUUUAAAUAAAGCAACAAUAGUGUCUGAACUAGAGUUGUUUCCAGCUUUAUAUGAGAAGAAUGGAUCAUAUGUGGAAGUACUUGGCAAUAUCUUCUGCCUUAAUACCACUGGGGCACCAAGCAUUUUGAGUCCAAUAUUAGCUAAAUCAUCUCAUAUUACAAUGACUUGGUCUGCUGACAACACAAGCGUACAUGACUAUGAAGUUGGCUUCUCGUCAACAUCCGGAAGUUCUGCCCCUGACAUCAUGGCUUUCAGAUCCACCAAACAACACCGGCGUAUCCACAUCAUGCAUACAGACAUACCAGAGGGAACGCCUUUCUACAUUGUAAUCAAGUCUAUCAGUAAAGCAAAUGUUGAAGGAUUACAGUUUGUCGGUCCUUGUUACGUUGAUGUAACUGGGCCUAUUUUUACUCCUGCUAUUAAAGUCAUUCAUUCCAAUGGACACCUGAUUGCAUCUUGGGACGCAGGCGCAUUUGAGGAUUCGGAAGAUCCAUUUCCUUUAAGUUUUGAAUACGCACUUGGACAUCACCCUAAAGGUGCAGAAGUACACAGGUAUGUACAACUUAAAGGUGGGGACGUUUGUAAACUGACAGUACCACCCACAUGCACAGCCAUUAAUAUAUCCGAAGUGGAAUGGGGUCUUCAUGGUAACCAUACAUAUUAUGUCACUGUUAAGGCAGAAAAUGUCGCUGGUUUGACAACAUACGGAGUAUCUGAACCUUAUGUACACAAUGUUCAACUUCCCUCCAAGGGCAUCGUCAUGGACGUAACAUCAGCUGAAAAUGUGCAGUUUCUUGAUAUAGAAGAUAUUGACUUUACAACUACAACCUCUAGCCUUUCGGCUCACUGGACAGGAUUUUUUCACGCCUAUCUUGACGUGGAUUACAAAAUCCGAGCUGGAACGACUUCAGGUGGCGGCGACGUUUUUCCACAAAAUGAUGUUGGUAGAAAUACCACAUAUACAGCAACUGGGCUUGCGCUUCAUAAUUUUAAGACGUAUUAUGUUACAAUAACUGCAACGUCAUCUGCUGGUUACGUGGAAGCAACAUCUGACGGCGUCACUGUCGUAAGGGAAAACUCGCCACUUAUUGGUGUAUUCCUAUAUGAUGGUGAACCGUGUGACGAUACAGUUGAGGAGAAUGUUACUUUAAGCCACCACGAAUUGGACCACCGCCUCAAAUGCAUGAAAGAUGUUGAUUUCCAAUCGUCAAUUGAUACGCUCAGUGCUUACUGGAAUGUCCCUUCAGAUUGGCAAAGUUUUGCACCUGAUAUGCAUAUUGCAAUCGAAGAACUCUCUCCAUAUGGAACAAACUGGACUAUUUUCAAAGAUUUUUACUACAAUCAUGGCCACCAAGAAGUAAGGUUCACAAACCUAGUGCUUAAUCCGGGAAUAAAGUACCGUUUCGUGGUUAAACUCUGUGCUCGACACAUUUGUUAUGAACCACAGUACAGCGAUGGCGUUCGCAUCCUCGCGAAUCCUCCAACGUCUGGAAAUAUUGUUGUAAAACAUGUCAACACUUCGAAUGGAAAAGAACAGCUAGAAGUCAAAAUGGAUAGGUUCUUUGAUCCAGAUGUUCCUGACCAUAGCAUUAAAUAUAGUGUGGUAGAUAAAUAUGAAUGGGCAAUUACUGACCAGUCUAAAAUAGGACGAACUCAUACAAAAUGGAUUGAACUGAACAACUUCACUGUAUCUUUAUCAAAAACCGAGAUGUCCUUUACUCUUGAUCUGGAUGGGCAGUUUGAUUUCUCUAAGUGUAGAGGACUGGCCAUCCGUGGUUAUAACAAAGUGAAGCUGUAUUCUACAGUGUAUUCGCACAUACGAGACUGUGAGGCUUUUGAUCCUGUGUUAAUCAAACCAAAGAUCGUCCUAGAUGCAGUAGGAAAACCAGAUCCUCACAGAGAUGGAUUUGGUGAACCGAUUAUUUUGGAGACCAAUGCCUACUGGUCUCAUCCUGAUGCGGAUUACACACCAAAUAUGAAUUACAUUUCUGCUGUUUGGCCAAAACUUCGUUAUAAAUCCUACAAAGUUGCUGUACUGAACGCCAAGAGUGUAGAUGUCACCACGUACUACCUGCCUACCAACAAGUUGUCACUGUCCGAUCCAUGUAGUCAUCCAGACGCGAUCAAGUGCUCAUCAACAGGGAACGAGUUUAUUAAUGUUAAGUUUGAGCCCGGGGAGCUGGUACAUGGGCAGCGGUAUCUGGUCUGUAUCCAUACUGAAUAUACGGAGAUUGUCUACGAAGAGUGGACACAGGUGUUACCAGAAGUUAACGAGUGUAGUGACGGUGUUGUGGUGGAUCUCACUCCUCCAGUGGCAGGAAAAGUGUGGAUUGGAAGUAGACAAGGACUAGAGUAUCAGUCUUCGACAUCAGUUUUAUAUGUUAACUGGGAAACAUUUCAAGAUGUAGAAGAAUUUCAAACAAUAUCGCAUGCGUCAGGAAUUCAGAAUUACAAGCUAGGCAUAGGAACGUCUGAGGGUGGAAAUGAUGUCAUCGCUUUCUUUGAUGUCGGAGUCGUUAACCAUAAGGCUUUAAAUGGAACGGCAUUAGUAAAUGGACGCACCUACUAUGCCACUGUUAUUGCCAUGGACUAUGCCAAUAGAACCACAACCCAGUCUUCACCCCCUGUUAUUAUCGAUAACACUCCACCACUGAAGUCAGACAAACCGGUAACCAUUCCUGACAGGCACAUUACUUCAGACACUGAGAUCGAAGCAUGUUGGAAGAAUGUCUUCUAUGAUCCAGAAAGUGAAAUAAGUUAUUACGAGUGGUCUAUUGGUUCCCAGGCUGGAUACGAUGACGUAAUGAAUUUCACAUAUGUGGAAUCAGAUUGUGCAGAAAAUAAUGAACUGCAUCACCUCGACAUCAAAGAAGGACAUGCAUAUUACAUUUCUGUAAAGGCAUUCAACAAAGCAGGAUUGGUGUCGAUGGCUACUUCUUGGGCAUACAGUGUGGACUUCACACCACCUGUCAAAGGUCAUGUUUUUGACCUUCAACCAAAUGGAACCAGCAAGCAAGAUAUAGAUUUUCAGACAGACAUGUCAACUUUACUUGUCUUCUGGGAAGGAUUUUUUGAUCCUCAUUCAGCAAUAAAAGAGUACACAGUCAGUAUUGGAACUUGCUACGAAUGUGAUGACGUUAUUACAGAACAAACCGUGGGAAUGGUGACAGAACUAGAAGUCAGCUAUGUUCAUUUUGGACCUGGUAUAACGUACUACACAACAGUGAUGGCAUGUAACACCGCUGAAUACUGCACAGUAGCCACAUCAGACGGAGUUAUUAUGGACAAUAGUCCUCCAAGCAUGGGCGUUGUUAGUGAUGGAACAACUUUAGAGGAUAUUGAAUACCAAUCAAUUAGAAAUUUUAUCGAUGCCAGAUGGUAUGGAUUUAAUGAUCCUCAGACAGGGUUAGCUCACUUUGUUUGGUGGGCGGGGAUAACACCCGGCGGAAACGAAAUCAUGACAGAGAGAGAAAUCCACGUCACCGAGAUGGCUACUGCAUUGAACAUAACACCUAGCAUGCCUGUUGGAAAACGAAUUUACAUUACAGUUAGGGCAUUCAAUAGAGCAGGUUUGUUCAGAGAUGCGAUAUCUAAUGGAUUUAUCAUAGACGAUACUCCGCCUGUCAUUUCACGAGGUCCGGUAUUCUCUAAAGAUUUUGGAAUAAUCGGAAGUACACAGUUUUACAGGACGUUGAUGAAACUUGAGUGGGAUGUCUCUGACAAAGAUUCACAUAUAGAAAAGCAGUAUGUUUCCCUGAGGUCUCACCUUGGGGGAGACUUUAACCUUCCCUCAGCUGUGGUAAACGGGAUAGCUAGAGACUUUGUUCUCACUAGACUGAACUUGCAUGACGGUGUAACUUAUUAUGUCACUGUCAUAUCCUGUAAUGGGGCUAAAAUAUGUACCUCAAGCACAUCAUCUGGAAUUUUAGUGGAUAGUACACCACCAAAUAGAGGCAUGUUUGCUAUAAAGACGGAUCACGCAGCUGAACUCCAUCGCCAUGUGGAAGGCUCAAUGACGUGGUCUAAGUAUGCAGUUAACCUGGCUUGGCUAGGAUUUGCGGACAGUCAUUCUGAUGUUACUCACUACUUCAUUAACGUCGGAUCACAAUACCUGGGUGCAGAUUUAAACGCUGAGCCUGGCAUUCCACAGAGAGUUAAUCACUCGAUAACGGGAGAGGACAGAGAUGAAGGGAAAGUUCAGAUGUACAGAAUGAAGACUAUUAAACUUGAUGGAGAAAUAAAGCAUGUGUUUGUUAGCAUGUGGGCGGUCAACAAGGCCGGGCUUUCAAGUGCCAUAAUUCAUUCUCAAUUCCUGAAAGUUCCUGGUGGGACUUUGUUCCUUGUCAGACGGUGUAGCGCUACAACAUGUGAAGGUCACUGUGUUUGUGCACCCCAAGAUCAAGUUUGCCAUAUCAAUGGUUCCUCUUGCAACGAUGUCUCAAAGAGUAAUACAAACAACCUGCUUCAAGUGUUGGAUGUGAUGGAUACCGAGAAUGAUAUUGGUUAUACGCCAAGUAACACUUUGUUACGUGGGAAAUGGAAAAUAGUUCACAGACAAGGACGCCCUCCAAAAUGGUACCAGUGGAGUGUAGGUUUAACAAGAAAUGAUGCACCAACUGGGAUCUUUCAUAAAGAGUUAGAGCGUGUCUGGCACGAUGCUGGGCAAAAUGAUUUUACAAUAUUUUCCACCAAACCAGGACUCUUGUUAGAGGAAGACAUAAAGUAUUCAGUUUUUGUAAAGGUCUGGUAUAGUGAUGAUUCAUAUGCAAUCUUCAAGUCUGAUGGAGUUAUCAUAGUGACAGAAAAACCUGCUGUUACAAACAUACUUGGAAGUUCGAUAACAGAAAGAAUGAUGGACAGUGUUCUAAAGGAUCAAGACUUCAUUAUGGAAGAUGUCUCAUUUAUGGUAGACUGGAAGAAUAAAUUUCUGGAUGCAGCUCAAUGCAUUAAGUCAUUCCAUCUUUAUAUAAGUACAUGUCCUGGAGGACAUGAUAUAUGGGACAGUGAUAAAGAUUUCAGUAAUGCAGAGACCUCUUUCCGGGUCAGAAGAAUCUCGCUAGCACCUGAUGUACAGUACUUCAGCAAUGUCAUCGCUUAUGGCUUCUCUGGUAUUCACCACACUGAGUCAUCUGACGGAUUUAAGACGGAUAACAAUAAACCCUCCGUAGGAGUCAUUUACGACGGAAUAGGUAUCCAUGACUUGGAAUAUCAGAACACGUCCAAAGUUGUGGGGGCAAGAUGGCAUGGGUUUUCCGAUACUGGCUCUGGCAUUGUUCAGUACUUUUGGUGUGUAGGAAAAUCCCCUGAAGUGAACGAAGACCAUUCAAAAAUAGAGUGCAGUGUUCUAAAGUGGCAAAAUUUAGGCAUGCAUACAGCUGCAUCGAGAAAGAUUUUGGUUAAUUUAACUGAUGGGGAUGUUCUCUACAGCAAGGUGUACGCUGUUGACAAUGUAAAUUCCAAGUCAAAUACCGUUGUAUCAAAUGGAAUAAUGAUUGACACUACGCCACCACAGCCGCAAUAUCUCUUCCAUGUAGAUGAAAACAUUGCAGAAAACCCUUCUUUUGAAGAUUCACAUAAAACCUUAUCUAUUGAUAAUGUCAACAAAACAAACAUUUGUUCCUUAGUUCCGGAUUUUUAUCCACAGCUUUGGAAUCUAACAUCAGGUAGUUGCACAGCAGUUGUGUCUUCAGCUAGAAAUUUGGCAAGGAAUGGAAGAUCAUUCUUAUUUAUAAGAGGAAGCAUCAAGCAAAGAAUCGAUAAUCUCAAUGUCGGUGAACUUUACAGGAUAAAUUUUUACACUAGUCACCUAUUGAUAUCUGCCUCGAGAUUAUCAAAUAAAGAAGGAUUUAUAAAAGUUGGUAAAGCAAAGCACGUGUUUUUGCUGUACACGAAAGCCUAUCGCCAUGACGGCCAUGGAAAGUCAAAAAACAGAGAGAUAGUAUCAUGGCAUAGACACACGUUUUAUUUCACUGCAAACGAUGUUUCUGCUACUUUGGAAAUCGGCAGCAUGGAUGAAAAAACUGGCCUCUUUAUUGAUGAUUUAUCCCUUCAACGAGUUGAAAGAAAUCAUGUUAAUAAAACCAGUGGUUUGCAUGUAACUGCACAUGUGGUGUAUCUUCAUGAAUGGGGUUCAAUUCACGGAUCAUGGAGCUUUGUAGAAGAUGUGAGUGCUAUCAAAGAGUAUAAAUGGGCAAUUGGUUAUACAAAGGGAGGAACCCAAAUACAGGGGUUUAAAAGCGCAGGACUGAAUAAUUUUGCAUAUAAUGCUAACGUUACUCUUGUUCACAACACGUACAUUCACGUCACUGCUGUUGCCUCUAACAUCGCAGGUCUUCAAGGAAUAUCAUACUCGGAACCCGUAUUAGUUGAUCUUACUCCCCCAAAUAUUGUCAACGUUUAUGAUGGUGAUCUUUCAAAUGAAGAUCAAGAGGCAUGGACGGAUAAUGAGGUAUCUGUCAAUUUUAAUGCGGUAGACGAAGAGUCUGGGAUCGAUUUCUGUGAAUGGGCAAUAGGGUACCAACCUCAGGGAAUUGAACUUCAAGGCUUUGAACGGCUAACAAAUGGCCAAACAACUGGAUACAAAGAGUUUGAUUACAGUCUUUUGGAAAACAAGACAAUAUUCUCUUCCAUUCGCUGUCACAACAAUGGAGGAUUGUCGAAUUCCAAGUCAUCAAAUGGGGUUAAAAUAUCUAAUCGUCCACCUUCCAUCCAGCACGCCACUGUUGACAUCAUGUCCUUAUCUCUAACAGAGUAUCCCGGAAAGGACCAUUACCAGAGCAUUGCAGACAAUGUCAGGAUACAGUGGAGUGGAUUUGAGGAUUAUGUAGGGAUAGAGCAAUAUAGGAUCCUCUUUUAUGGCAAUGACAAUAAAUUGGAGGAGAAAAUGUCAUUUCCUAUUGGCCAAGAUAUUUUAAGUGCCAGCAUUACACGAAUAAAUUUGGGAGAAGGCCUGAAGAAUUUGACAGUUCAAGCUAUUGGGAAACUUCUUAUUGCAAGCAAAACAGUUCCAUAUAAUGUUACAGUUUUACAAGUAAAGCCAAAGAAAGAAACCAAUGGAAAACUUUUGGUUAACUGGCAUGCCGGAAAUAAAGAGUUCACAGUCAUAUGGAAGGACGUUUUCUCUUCUCCCCACCCGAUGUAUUUCGAGGUAUCUGCGGGCACCGUGGAAGGAGGAAGCGACAUUCUACAGUGGCAGGAGACCACAUCCACUAAUGUCACAUUUGGUCUACCUCCCUCAAUCACCAGUUGGUCUGGUCUUCAUGCACAUAUCUUUGUUAGGGCUGUUAGUGCCAGUGGAGUAUAUGACGACAUCAAAGGAUAUAUUCAACUUCCAAAAUAACUUAUCACAGUCCUUUUUUAACUCUGUCAUACCAUUUUUUUUUGGUCAAUGUAAAUAGAAUUAUUUUUAAAAUAAAUUGGAAGACUAGAGAUAUACCUAGUACUCUGAAAAUUUUACUUCAAUAUGCGUUAAAGCAAAAGAAUUGUGCUUAUGAUGUUUCAGA